AUGAAGCGAUCUCAUAUCGAUUCGAAAGAUAACACGCACAGCAAGCAGCAAACUGACAAAGCGAACUCUCAACAUGGCAUCACUGGGGGAAAAGAGAAUGUGCAUUUGCAGCCUGGUAUCAAAGUGACAAACGCGUCUACACCUGAGACUAUGCUACACUCGUCAUGGAAGUUUCUCUACAGCUAUCACUUUCUUUCUCUCUUUGCAUCGGCACUCCAUAUCUCAUCACUGAAACUUGACACGCUUGAGUCGGCUAUGCUUACUUCGCUCCCUUCAACAACAAGCACCGGCAAUGGAUUAGUACGCACCAUGAGCAGUAUGCUUGCUGAUGAUUUUACCGAGAACUGCAAUAUCAACCACGAGACGGAUACGCAGCGAUCUCAUUACAUGAUGGAGACUAUUAUCCAAUCUCUGUUUGAUGCAAGUCGUUUACGACAUAAAAACAACAAGAGCAAUGGCCAUUUAGCAUUGUACGAGCAUCUAUCAGAGAACACCCCGAUAUCCAUCCCGAAAGAGUCAUGGUCAUUUUGGGAACUUGAUUUACUUGGCCGUAUCCAUGCACUCAAGUGGCUGAUUGAUCAAGUUGACUGGCAGCACCUUCAAAGUUGGCAAGUCGGUAUGGCUGAAGAUAAAAUGAGAUUAACACCGCUCGGGAUGGAUCGACAAGGAUGGACGUAUUGGAUGUUUGAUGAUACCCGGUUGUACCGUGAGCUGCCAAUGAAUUUGCUUCAACGAAAAACCAUUGCAUUGCUUGAAUCAACAGAUUACACAUUCGAAUUGGUGUGCCGUACCAUUGAUGAUUGGAAAGAACUCAAAUCUCGAUUUUCAACCACCUCACGACGACCCGCUGAAAAGGCUCUCGCGCUCAAAUUGGAAACGAUUGCUCCAGAGGCCAUCCAUCAAUUGGAAGCAAUACAAUUGAAAAAGGAACGUGAAGAAGCUCGACGAGAAAGAGCACGACAAUUGGAAGCGCUACCUCGAAAACGAAGUCGACGUUUGGAAGCCAAGGAAAAUGAGCUCAACAAGCGACGAAAAGUCAAAGAGGCGGAGGAACAACGCAUUGCAAUGCAAGUAUUCGAACAACAACAAGCAACACAGCAAAAGUCACAUGAUGAGCAGCUAUUGAAGGAUGUGGAAAGAGGACUCAAGAAAUACGUACAUGAAUAUAUCGAAAAGGAAAUCAAUCGUGCUAUGGAAGAGGAGGAGGAAGCAGCAGCAGCAGCAUUGGAGAAAGAUGAAGGGGACCUUGAAGAUAGAAUACGCAGCACACGACGAUCACCUGCUGUACGCCACAAUCCACGAGUUGCUUUCUUACGAGAACUUGAUGAGGUAUUAAGCAAAAAGGCGGGAAUCGAGCAACGUGUGGAAAAGAUGCGAGGAUGGGCAACACUACUUGAUGAUCAACAUGGCGUCAAGGUAUCUCGAGGUGACAAUCCUGAUGCACCGCUUGUAAUCGGCUAUGGCUUGAAGUUGGAUGGCCCUGGUAGCAAAGGAGACAUCACAUCACCUAUAUUGAAGAACAUCUUGCGUGUAUUUCUCACCACGUUACCAACGACCAACAAUGACACUGGCAUGGACAUACCAACCAUACGCAGAAAAUUGUUACUGGAUGACUACAAGAAGCAAGGACAGUUUUCAGGCUUUGAAAGCUUUAUACAAGAUCUAGAUUUAGCUCUACCACAUUCAUCAUCAAACGCAGCUUCUUCACCACAAGCUCAUGCUGCUGGUAUUCUUGUACGCAUUUUUAGUUGA